AUGAGUAACAACAAUAAGUCCAGUGGAAGUGGCAAUAGUAAUUCUAACAUGAGGGAUUCGAUGCACUACAGUGAAAUGAUAGAAUCUGAGAAUUCAUGUAUCAAAAGUACUGUAUCUCCCUCAAAUUAUAUGAAUCAAGUAAAUAAUAAUAAAAAUAUGCCUUGCCCAUCGAUUGCAUCUUACUUGAAUAAUUCAAACAAUAUGAACAUGGGGAAAAAUAAUAAUUUUAACCCUAUGGGAAAUAAUAACGAUACAACUAUAAGUAUUACAAGUAGCUUACUAAGCAAUAACGAACAAAAUAUGCAGAUGAAGCAGCAGGUAGGAAUUAAUAAAAACUGUGUUGGUGUUGGUACUAUUUCGAAUGGUGCUCCAUCUCCUGCUUCCGUGUCUUCAUCCACUUCUGUCGCUUCUGGUGGCGGAGGAGGAGGAGGAGGCGGAAGUGGAUUGCAUCAUGAAUCAUUCCAGAAAUCUGUAUUACCAUCAUAUAAUAUGAAUAAAAUGUCAGUGUCUUCAUCUAUGGGUAGUCAUAAUUUGGCUAGUAACAACCCAGGUAAUGGUGGAAGCAAUAGUAGUAGUAAUAACAAUCAAGUGAGAAGUACUAGUAACGUUGGAAAUUGUAACAAUCAAAUGGGAAGAUAUAAUUCUAUGAAUUAUCCCAUGCAAGAAAUGAACCCUAAUGUACAUAUAAAGAAUGUAAAAACGUCACAUCCGAAUAGUGAUAUAAAAUCGAAUAACAAAGACACAAAUUUAAUGACACCUAAUAGUAUGAAAUCGACAAACUUUAUGAACAAUAUGUAUUAUCAAAGGAAUGAUAUGAUGCCUAGGAACAAUUCUAAUAAUAACUAUAACAUGCAUGGGAAUUUAUAUGGUUACAUGAAUAAUGGUUUUUAUGCUGGUUCUUCACCAUCCUCUAACUGCUUUAAGCCCAAUAAUAAUAUGAUGAAUAAUAGUGGCAACAAUGGUACUUCAAAAAUUAGUGCUAGCGCUAAUGGCACUAAGGGAACCAACUUUUCAAAUAAUUUAAAUGCAACAAAUCAUGCAGAUGGUACGUUGAAUAACAAUAAUCGUUGUAACAACAAGGUCAGUUCAAGUAAUAUUGAUAAGGCGGUAGCACACAAAUCUAUGCAUAAUAAUAAUAGCAACAGUAGUAAUAUGAAUACAAAUCCGCUAGGUUUUAGCAAUAGAAAUGGCAGCACCAGUGGAGGUUCAGGUGGUGUUGGUGGAAACAUUCCAGGCUCCAUGAGUGGAAGUUGCAGCAACGGUAAUAGCAACGGUAAUAGCCAUAAUAAUGACAAUAGCAGCAGUAGCAUUACAGGAUCGAUGAACAUAAGUGUGAAUAGUAUGAACAAAGGAAGCACUACCAGUUCUAGUGGAGCCAUAGCUAGCGGUUCCACCACGGUGAAUAACCUCGAUACUGGAAGUAGCAUUCCUAAUAAUGUUGUUAUGAAUAUGGUGAAUAAUAGUGCAACUGCAAACAAUAAUGUGAUGAAUAAUAUGAUGAUGAAUAGUAGUGGUUCUGCUGCAGGAGGGAAAAAUGUAGGCGGUUUGACAGCCAUGAGUAUGGGAAGUAUGAACAUGGGAAAUAUGAACAUAAGUGGCAUGAGUAUGGGAGGCAUGCACAACAAGGGUAUGAACAUAAGUGGCAUGAGUAUGGGAGGCAUGCACAACAAGGGUAUGAACAAUAUAGGAAGCAUGGGCAGCAUGAAGAAUAUUGGUAAUAUGAACAAUUUGCCAUCACAUCGACCUGGUAGUUCCAUGGAAAAAACAAAUUUGCUGAAUGAUGUAAACGGCAUGAGGUACCACCAUCCCAUGAAUAACAAUAAUAAUGGCAUGUAUAACAAAAUGGCUUACAUGAAUUUAAAGGAUUUUCCACAUGACAACAUAUCAAUGAAUCAUAUUCCUGGAAAAAAUGAUUGUGGUCAGAUGAAGAAGGAUAGUAAAAAUGUCCCACUUGGGAAAAAUGGUAAACAAGGUAAAAACAUAAAAGAUGAUAUUUUAGAAAGUGAUAAUAAUAAUAAUAAUAAUAAAGGAAUGAUGAAUAGUAGUUCUACCCUACCAAAUGAUGGGAAAAACAAAUCAACGACAUCGAUUCGCAAGGGAAAAGUUGUAGCAGGAGUAGUAGGUACAUCCAGAGAGCAUUUUAAUUCCGCUGGAAUUACAAGCAUGGAGCACAAUGUAGGUAGUGGUAGUGGAACUUAUAAGAAAGGUAAGGGUGGUGAUAAUAAUAACGUUAUGGAUUUAAAAGGGGAAAUGAAAGAUCUAAUUGGAAAUAGUAACAACUACAUCGGCAGUGGUGGUGCUGGAGAACCUAUGAAUAGUGGAGGAAAUCAUGCGUACAAUUUAUUUCCAAAUUAUAACAUAAAAUACCCUAUGAAUGUUGACAUGUUCAACAGUAUGAGCAACACUUAUAGUGGCAAUGCUAGUGGCAUGAUCAAUAAGGGAAAUAGUUAUCAAAAUGUGAAUAUGAUAAAUGGGUUGAAUGGAGGAGGAAAGGUUCUAAAGGAAAUGAACUGUAGCAGUAAUAAUAGUAGUGGAAAAAACAGCAAGGGUAUUGCUAGUAGUAGUAGUGGUGUGUAUGGAAAUAUGAACAAGUCUGGAAGUAUGAAUAAUUAUAAUAUUAUGAACAACAAUCCAUAUGGGGAUAGUAGGUAUAAUGGUCGAAAAUCUAUGGAAACGCUAAAAUCAUUUAAUGAUGGCAUGCUUAUGGGUGGAAGCCAUCCAGGAAAUCACCACAGGAACAGUAAUUUAAGCAAUAUUAUGAACAUGAACAGUAUGAACAGUAUGAACAAUAUGAACAAUAUGAACAAUAUGAACAGUAUGAACAGCAUGAACAACUACAACAGUAUGAGUACCUUCAUGCACAAUCGUAAUUAUCAAAACGAUGUAAACAUGAGAAUGCUUAGUAAUAGAAAUAUAAUGGGUACAACAAACAAUCUUACCAAUGUGAAUAACAAUCCAAAGUCCAUGAUGAUGAUGGGAUCGAGUGGUAAUAAUACCGGUAGUAAUAUAGUUGCUAACAAAGGCACGAGUCGUUCUAAUCUUGCAUAUAAGUAUAAGGAAGAUGAAGAGUACUAUGAGGAAGACGAUUUGAAUGGUCUUACAUCUUCCUAUGGUGGUGUUGGAAAUGGCAGUAGUAGUAGUAGUGGUAGGUAUACUAGAAAAAAUAAUACAAUAGGAAAGCAAUCAACUAAGAUGAAAAAAUUAGAUUCACACAAAGAGAAAAGAAAGAAAAAAAAAAAAAAAAAAAAUACAAGAAAUAAUUCUGUAGAAACAGAAGAGGACGAAGAUAACGAAUUGUAUGUUAAUACAUAUGUUAAAAAAUCGCAUACAAAAAGUAGUAGUAAGAAAUCACUACAUUAUGAUACCGUGGAAGAACGAUAUAACGAAAGAGCAAAACGAAAUGAAAAAAAUGACAUUUUUGUGUCUCCAAAUAUUGGUGUUGUCGAAGGAAGAACCAAUUUGAGAGAAAGGAAAAGGGUAUAUAAUUAUGCACAAAUGGAUAACUACUUCGAAACAGAUGAAGAAGAUAAAAAAGUGGAUGAGGAAAAGCUCUUGCUAAGGCAAGAGAAGGAAAGCAUGGGAGGAAUUGAUCGAGUAUUACACCAUAGGAAGAUAAUAGAUUAUGACAAUUUAAACAAUAUUACAAACAAUCCAUUUUUGUACAUAAAUAAGAAAAUAACUCAGCAAAGUGCUUCUAAUAGUAAUAAUGCUACUACGGACAGAGCGGGAGAAAGUGGUAACUACAUAGGUGAAGGCUCUACUACAUCAGCCGUUGAAAUUGGCACUCUUACCCUACCUGGGACAGUGACAGAAGGAAAAGAAAUGACAAGAAGGGAAAGUGUUGAUGAGACCAAAGAAAACAAUGGUAUGGCGGCGAACCUAAGCGAAGAUCAAGGUAUGGACGCCUUUUAUGACGAAGAAGAUAUCACAGAUGUAAAUGAAGUAGAAUUUUUAAUAAAAUGGAUAGGAAAAUCUCAUAUCCAUAAUUUUUUUUGUACAUACGAUUAUUUGAAGCAUUUCAAUGGGAUAAAAAAGAUAGACAAUUAUAUAAAGAAAAUAAAAUUAUCAUUUCAGAAGAGAAAAUAUAUGACAGCAGAUGAGAUUGAGCAAGAGAAAAUAUAUUCUGAAAUUAAGAAACAAAUAGAAAUGGAUGCAAUAAAUGCAGAAAGGAUAGUAACACAUAGAGUAUGUGAAAUAACAAGUGAAGAGUUAUUUCUUGUAAAAUGGAUGAGUUGUUCAUAUGACCAAUGUACUGAAGAGACAAAACAAACAUUAAUAGAUCAUGGAUUCUCACAAUUAAUUGAAGAAUAUUUUGAUAGAGAAAGUAAAAUACAUGGAAUUAAAGCCAUAUCAAGUGUAUGGAAUAGGGGACCUUUAACAGCAACUAAAUUUGAUCCUUAUAAUGAAACUCCAUUUUAUUUAAAUGAAAGAAAAUUAAGAGCAUAUCAAUUAACAGGUCUGAAUUGGAUGGUUAGUCGAAUGAAAAGAAAUUUAAGUGUUUUAUUAGCAGAUGAAAUGGGUUUAGGGAAAACAGUGCAAACUAUUGCAGUAGUAGGACAUAUGUUAUAUAAGGAAAAGUUAAUAGGUCCAUAUUUAGUAAUUGUACCUCAGUCAACUGUAGAUAAUUGGUUGAAUGAGUUUAAGAGUUGGCUUCCACAAGCUAAUGUUGUAUGUUAUCAUGGUAAUGCUGUUAGUAGAGAAUUAAUUAGAACCCAUGAAUUGAGAAAGGUGUAUGUUCCAAACAAAGGGUACAGAUACAAAUUUGAUGUUUGUAUUACUACCCCGUCUAUAUUGAACAGUUUGAGUGAUGUUGAAUUAUUGAAGAAGAUGCCAUGGCAGUUAAUGGUAGUAGAUGAAGCACAUCAGUUAAAGAAUAGACAAUCUAAAAGGUUUAUUGAGUUGAAGCAGUUUAUGGCUGAAUCUAAGUUACUUUUAAGUGGAACUCCUUUACAUAACAAUUUAGAGGAAUUGUGGACACUUUUACAUUUCUUGAAUCCACAACAAUAUACGCAUUAUGAAUCAUUUCAAAAAAAGUAUAACGAAAUUGAGAACACAAGUUUAAUUGGAGAAGCAAAACAGAAACAGCUUAUUCAUUUGCAGCACGAAUUGCAUGAAGUUAUUUUGAGAAGAGUUAAGAAAGAUGUUGAAAAAUCCCUCCCCAAUAAAGUGGAAAGAAUUUUAAGAGUAGAAUUAUCUCCAAUACAGAUUGAAUUUUAUAAGAACAUUUUAACAAAGAAUUAUGAACAGCUAGCGAAAGCAUCUGGUGGAGCAAAAAAUUCUUUACAAAAUAUAUGCAUGGAAUUGAAGAAAGUAUGUAACCAUCCUUUCCUUUGCUGUGAACCUGUAGACAAAGAUGAAUAUAGAGAAAGGCUAGUUUAUUCAAGUGGAAAAAUUUGCUUACUUGAAAAAUUGCUUAUAAGAUUGAAAGAAAGAGGGAAUAGAGUACUUAUAUUUUCUCAAAUGGUUAAGAUGUUGAAUAUUUUGAGUGAAUAUUUAACAUUACGAGGUUUUAAACAUCAAAGGUUAGAUGGAACUAUGACGAAAGAGAUGAGAAAAAAAGCUAUGAAUCAUUUUAAUAGUAAAAAUUCGGAUGACUUUGUGUUUUUGCUCUCCACAAAGGCAGGUGGGUUAGGAAUAAAUCUAACAUCAGCAGACACUGUAAUUAUAUAUGAUUCUGAUUGGAAUCCACAGAAUGAUUUACAAGCUGGUGCGAGAGCGCACCGUAUUGGUCAAACCAAAACAGUUCAGAUUUAUCGUUUGGUAACAAAGGAUUCUAUUGAACAAACGAUUUUAGAAAGGGCUAAGGUGAAAAUGGUCUUAGAUACCUUAGUCGUUCAAGGAUUGAAUAAGAAACAGAAUGACAACGUGAAUUACAUUGGAGGAGAGGGAGGAAAUACAUCUAAUGGAUUUACAAGAGAAGAAUUAUCGAAAAUUUUAAAAUUUGGUGCACAGAAAUUAUGGGAAAAGAAUAGCUCCAAAUAUUCACCUCAAAAAUUGGAUGAGGAAAAAGAUGUUAUAAAAGGAGUAGAUGUAGAUUUAGAUAAAAUUUUAGAAGAAGCAGAAGCACAUGAAAAUGCAAAUAAUGCAAACAAAGAUUUGAAUUCCGAAUUUAACAGUUUACAUAACUCGAAUAAUUUAUUUUCAGGUGGAAAUAGCAUUUUUGGAAAUGCAGGAUCAGUUGGGACAACUGGUGGAGGAGGUAUUGCUGACGAUUUGUUAAGUUCAUACAAUAAUAUAACAGAAUUUAAAUAUGAGCCUCCAGAACAUUUAAAAAGUAAUAUUUAUAACGACUCAGCAAAAGCAGAUGGAUUAGGAGAAGCAGGAGGAGGAGGAGGAGAAGAAGAAAAUGAUAAAGAUUUUUGGGAUAAGACCAUACCAUUAGAAGAAAGAUUAAAAUUAAAAAGAAUGAAAGAAGAAGAAUUGUUAGUACAUGGGCCAAGAAAAACGAGAACAAGAGAUGCAAGAAAUACCAUUGAAAUAGAUACAGGAACAAAUAUACAAGCGAUGAAUGAUGACGACGAUGAUGAUAGUGAUGAGUAUACUAUAAAAUAUAAUGAAAAGAAUAAAAAUUUGAAAAAAAAAAGAAAAAGAAGAACAUCUACACACAUUACAGAAAAAGACAAAUUCAGGUUAUACAGGUCGCUUUUAAAAUUUGGAAAUCCAUAUUUACGUUUAGAUGACAUUAGGAUUGAUUCCAAACUGAUCAAGGUGGAUCAAAAUGUUAUACUCACCGAGUUAAACAUUAUUGUUGACGCGUGUAGGGAAAUUGUUGAGAGGGUAGCUACAGAAAGUUCUGCCAAAGUUGUGGAGAAAGGAGCUGCAUUGGCGAUAGAAGCGGCAGCAGAAGUGGCAGCAGGAGGAGGAGCAGAACCUGUUGUGGUAGAAGAAGAUACAUGCAUUAAUAUGUUAAAGGAAGAGGAUAAUAAUAAUGCGACUGUUACAACCACCACUACAGCUACUACUGAUAGCAACAACUUAACCGUAGCCUCGUGUGACGAUUCUGAAAAGAAACAAUCUCAUGUUACAAAGAAUGAAAAGAAUAGUGCACUCAUAUUUGGUCAAUUACCACCCCAAUGUGAUGAAGAAGAAGGAGUAGUAGUAGUGCAUGGGGAAAACAAAGAAGAAACUAUGGUAGCAGAUCGAACAACGGAAUCUGGCCAAACAGAAACAAUAGCAAAUAGAAAAACAAAUGAGAAAGAGCAAAAUAUUAGUAAUGAAGAAAAAGAUGGAGAAAAAGGAUCUAUUAGUGUGACGAACAAAAGGAAAAGAGCAAGGGAAGAAGAUGAAAAUACAGCAGGAGCGGCAGCUGCAGGUGGAGAUGGAUUUUUUUCGAAAUUUAUGAACUUUGUUAAAGGUAGUGGAAGAAGUGGUGACGGUGGUAAUGUUGAAGUUAUUAAGAAAGAAAGUGAUGAAGGAAAUGACAAUAAAGAUGUGAACUCAAAUAAUGAUAUAAAUUCUAAUGAAGACAGCGAUUCUAAUAAUAAAACAAAAGGAUCAGAGAGAGGAAGAAAAUCUGAUGCUUACACAUUUUAUAUAGGCACCAAUAGAGCUAAUGCACUAGAUCUGUGUCAACGUUUGCAAUUAUUUAAAAGUUUACAUGACUUUAUUAAGGAACAGAACGGUGGAAAUGAAUACAGUUUUAGAUUACCCCUAACAGCUAGUAGUAGCAAUAGUAGUAUGAGCACUUUAGCCAGUACCACCACCUCUAGUACUAAUGUAUCUCCAAAUAUAGUGGAAGUUGAUAAGAAGAAAGACCUUAAGGGUGAGAUGAAAGGUAAAGGAAAGAAGGAAAUUCGAACGAAUGGCAUUGAUGAUUAUGGUGGUGGUGUCGAUGCUGAUAAUGAAACUGCACAUUUGGAUGUCUCAGAAAGAGUUGUAGAUAUUGUGGAGGACAAAACGGACAUCGCGAACGUGGAUGAGGAGCAAAUCAAAGCUGAAGUGAAAGAUGAAAUGAAAGUGGAAGUGAAAGAUGAAAUGAAAGUGGAAGUGAAAGAUGAAGUCACAGGAGAAGUGAAAGAUGAAGUCACAGGAGAAGUGAAAGAUGAGGUCAAAGAUGAAGUGAAAGACGAGGUCAAAGAUGAAGUGAAAGACGAGGCCAAAGAUGAAGUGAAAGACGAGGUCAAAGACGAGGUAAAAGAGGAACAAACUCAGUAUCUGAAACUUAAACUUCCCGAUUAUAUAUUCAGCCAUUUGAGAGAUCUAGUCACGAAAGAUGUAAAGGCGUGGUCUAAAGAAGAUGACGAAAAUUUAAUAAAAGGAGUGUACGUAUAUGGGUUCGGAUCUUUUAACGAAAUAUGUGCAGAUGUAAAUUUAAAUUUGGCACAUAUGAAAAAUAUAAAAUGUGAUAAAGUUAAGAUGAGGUGUAUCCGAAUUUUAAAAAUGAUUGAAGAGUUUAAUUCAAGUACCAAUGAUGAAACUGUUAGUAAAAAACGAAGAAGGGUGAGAACCAAAAAUAAAAAUAACGAUUUACAAAAAGUAGAAGCAAAAGGGGCGACGGGGGCGACAGGUGUUGCAACUUCUGGUAUCCAUGGAGCAGGAGGAAGGGUCAAGCAGGAAGACGAACAAGAAGAAGAAGAAGUAGCAGAAGAGGAAGAAGCAGAAGAGAUGUUAGGAACGGACUUCGCUUGCGCUGCAGGUACAGGUAGUAAUAGGAAUUUAACCAAAAGCAGUGGAGAUGCUCUUACUAGCCAAAGGCAAAGCUACAACAUCAGAAGAAGCAGUGAAAGAGUGAAGGCAAUAUAUAUGCAUGAUGACAAAGGGAAUGGUGAAGUGGUGACUAAAAGGAGAUCCAUAUCUGGAUCAGGAGGAACAGGAGGAGGGACAUCGAGAAGGGCGGAUAGGAUCGACAAGUCAGAUAAUAACCACCGUAACUUAGUCCGUAUGAACACAAAUGAAAAUAAUAAGGGAGGUGAAGUUCUCUCAAAUGAGAAGAGAAAAGGUGGGGGAGCAGGAGGACGUUCAGGAGCAACAACAAUGACAAGCAAAAGUAGAAGUAGAAGAAGCAGUAAACAUCAUAAUAAAACAGGAGGAGGAGGAGGAGGUAGUGUUGAUACUACAAAGAUUACUGGAGAUGUAGAAAGUUUUGCAACCGUUGGCAGUAUGGGAAGUGUAAGAAGUGUUAUAAGUAAUAACAAUACUCGUAAGAACACGAGUGCUGAUGCAUUAGAAUAUCCCUCAUCCAAUGAGAAUAACAGUUCUGCAAGUAAAGUGAGCAAAGAAGCCAAAGAAGACAGAGAGGACAGAGAAGAAAUAAUGACUAUGAGGAGUAGUUUGUCUGGAGGAGCACCAGUUGGAGUAGAAGAUAACAACAGUGGUGGUGCAAUAGGAGACGCAGAAGGAGAAGGAGGAGGAACGCGAAGGAGAAGUCACAGAAGUAGUAGGAAAUAUACGUUCGAAAAUGGUGUAACGAGUAGAAGAAAAAGUUCAAGAGUAAGAAAAAGUAAAAACGAAUCAAAUGUUGAAGAUAACACUGUUGCUGUAGGAUUGAAUUCAGAUGAAUACUGUGAAGAAAAUUAUGAAAAAGAAAAUGAAAAUAACAACAAUCCUCAUGAGCAAGUAGUAGUAGAAGGGGAGGAUAAGAAGAAGAGGAAGGACAAGAAGAAGAAAAAAAAAAAUGAGGAGGAGGGGAAGGAGGAUGAGAAGAAGAGGAAGAAGAAGGAGAAGGAGAAGGAGAAGGAGAAGGAGAAGGAGAAGGAGAAAGAUAAGGAGAAGGAGAAAGAAAAUGUGGAAGAAGAAGAUCCAGAUGAUGAGGAGGAAGAGGAGGAUGAAGAUGGUGAUAAGGACGAAAUGGAAGACGGAGAGGAAGGAAGAAAAAGAGAAAAAAAGUACAUGAAAAAGAAAAAAAAAAAAAAAAAAAUUUCGGAUAAUGAAAUAUUACACAAAAUUAAAAACUGUAGCUUGAAAGAUAUGAACAAACAUAGUAUAAAUAAAUUAGCAAAAAAGUAUGUAAAAAAGUAUAAAAAGUUGUUAAAAGUAGUUAAAAAAAUAACGCACCUUAAGGAGGAAGACAGAGAGGAGAAGGAGGAGGCGUGGAAGAAUUGGGAACAUAAGGACCUACUUGAACAAAGCAAUAAUGGAGUGGAGAAGGAGGAAGAGGAGAAGUCGAAAUACCAAGAAAUUAAAAACAAAAUAAAUGAAUUUAUUAUUUUUAUUGGAAAUCAUAUGAGAAAAAUAGCAGAUGUGUGUCCUGACACAGAAUGUGUAGAAAUAUUGAGUAAUUCUGGAUGGGAAUACAUUUCCAAAUUUUUGGGAGAACCAAGUGAAAUCUUGAGGGAAAAGUAUGAACAGAUGUUGCAAGACGAGAUAACGAAGGAGCAGAGGCAGCACUUGGAGGGGUGGGAGAAGUUGAACGACGACGUCGAAUCAUCCCAUUUAAAAAAAAGCAAGGAUGGUGAGAGUAGCGGUACUACAGAAGCACAUAGUGGUAAUACACAUUGUCAUAGCUUCAUAACUGAGGAAUAUCUUUCUGAUUUUUUUUUCUCCAAGAAAAUUUCAAGUAUAUGUCGAACAGCACAAGGUGUGGAAGAAGUAGAAGAGGAAGACGAAGAUGAAGAAGAAGACUAUGAACAACAGUCACUUGAGCACAAUAGUAACAAAAGGAAUAAUAAAUUUAUGUCAUAUAAUAAUAACGAAUUGGACGCUGAAAAUGCAUUAUAUUUCAAUGGAGGAAAAAGUAAGAAAAGGAGGAAGAAAAACACUAUUGCAGAUGAAGAGAAGUAUGUAAUGAAUCCGAAUGACCAUUAUGAAGAACCCGAACCCUGA